AUGUCAAAUGUCGCUCCUACAAUAGAUCCACCUUCAUCGCCAAUCAAUCCAUCGAAUUCAACUAUAUGUGAAAAUGAAGACGAAUGUUCUAAACCAGCACUUGUAACAUGUCAUCAUUGUCCAAAACGUUUGUGUCUUAAACAUGUUAUUGUGCAUAAUGAAAUAAAUAUUAUUCGAACAUAUGCAUUAUCUGAUGAAAUAAAUUGUUUGACACAUUUACUUUCAAAACUUGAUUGUCAACAAUCUGUUGACAAUGCUCGAAAAAAAUUAGAUGCAUGGAAAGAGAAUAUACUUGCUGAUAUCGAACGUACAUAUAAAUAUUAUUCAAGUGAAAUCGAUGAAUUACAAAAUGAAUUAAAUCAACGUGUAGAUAUUUUUAAAGAAAGUCAAAAAUCUAAAAUGUCAGUUUUACAAACACAAUUAGCAGCAUUACAAAAAGUUGGAGAAAUAUCUCAACAACAAUUGUCGCCAAUUGAACGCGAUUUGAAUCAACUUCGGCAAUGUCUCGAAUCAGUUCGAUGUGAAAUAUGCAUUGAAACAACUGAUAUUUCUUGUAAUGAUUUGAUUAACGCACAUAAUAUAUUUUCAUAUGAUCGUAUUUUACCCAAUAAUACUCUUAUGCAAUCAUAUCGUAAAUUAUCUGUUGAAAACUGUAAGAGAUUUGUCUCAAGUAAACAAAAUGAAUCGAUUUUAUGGUCGGAUAGUCGAAGACAAUUACAUUACAUUGAUAACAAAUUUCAUAACAUUUUAAUCACUUUACCACCAAUAACAAACAAUCCAACAAUAACAGCGUCCACUUUAUUACCAUAUCACCAAACCAAUAUAAAAGAUGCGGAAAUAUUAGAUUUAAAAUGGUGUCCAUCAGCAGAAGUCUUUUUUAUUGUUUUUCAACGACAUUUAUAUUCAUAUGAACCUAAAACAAAUAAAUUUACUCAAAUAAAUUUAACUCGGCAUAAAGAUUAUCCUUUUCGUUGUGUUUGUUUUCUCAACGAUUCAUCGCUUUACAUAUCAUAUUGUGUUUAUGGUAUGUGCAUUGAAUUAUGGAAAUAUCCAAAUAACAAUAAUAGUAAUGUGAAUAUUCCUGUCAAACGUUGGGAUCGUUUAGCUAAUGAUAAAACGGAAUGGGUAUCACACAUGGACACAAAUAUUGCAUCGCAAAUUGGUUUACUUAUUCGUACAUCAACAUCAGUUCAUACACGUCUUGAAUUACGUGAUGAAAGUUUAGUUUUACUAAAACAAAUUCACUUAAAUGAUGAUUUUGUUGAUAUAUUUUAUCCAUUUCGAUUAAAUCAAUGGUUUAUUAAAAGUUUAUCGGGCAAAUAUUAUAUCUAUUCAGUUGAAACAAAUACAUAUGAUUUAUCAUCAUUCGAGUUUCCGUUGGGCUUACAAGAAUAUGGUGUCAAUUCAAUACUUAUUGGUAGUGGUCAAAAUGAAUUAACAUUGUGUGAUGCUUAA